AAUCGCCCCCAGGAAAACAAACCAUCGGAGUUGGGGGGAUCCAUUCCAUACCAAGGAGCGACGGGAGGAGCCAAGGAGGGAUUGGUUGGAACAGACGCCGACCACUUCGUUCCCCUCCCCUCCCCAACCCAACCAGAGAGAGAAGAGAGAGAGAGGAAGAGCGAGCCCGACCCAGGCCCCCCUCGUUCCCACCGGGCGAGAGAGAGAGGGCGGGGGGAGGGAGGGAGAGAAAGAGGGGGAGCCCUAGCCGGCGGCGGCGGGGGCGAUGGCCGCGGCCGCGCCGGCGAUGCGGGCCGGGCUGGCGGCGUUCUUGUUGUUGUUGGCCGCAUCGGGGGCGGGGGCGGUGGGGGCGGAGGGGGCGCUGCCGCGGUUCGCGGAGGCCCCCGAGUACCGGAACGGGGAGGGGUGCCCGGCGGCGGUGGCCGGCGCGGGGGUGUGCGACCCGGGGCUCGUCCACAUCGCGAUGACGCUCGACGCGCACUACCUCCGGGGCUCCAUGGCCGCCAUCUACUCGCUGCUCAAGCACGCCUCCUGCCCGGAGUCGCUCUUCUUCCACUUCCUCGCCGCCGACGGCGCCGCGCCCGGGGUGGCCGAGCUCCGGAGCGCGCUCGCGGCCUCCUUCCCGUCGCUGCGGUUCGAGAUCUACCCGUUCCGCGCCGACGCCGUCACGGGGCUCAUCUCCGCCUCGGUGCGCGCCGCGCUCGAGGCGCCGCUCAACUACGCCCGGAACUACCUCGCCGACCUGCUCCCCAAGUGCGUGCCGCGGGCCAUUUACCUCGACUCGGACGUGCUCGCCGUCGACGACGUGCGGAGGCUCUGGGAGACGCGCCUGCCCGCCGCCGCCGUCGUCGCCGCGCCCGAGUACUGCCACGCCAACUUCUCCCGCUACUUCACCGACGCAUUCUGGUCCGACCCGGACCUCGGCGCGCGCGUCUUCGCCGGCCGCCGCCGCGCGCCCUGCUACUUCAACACCGGCGUCAUGGUCAUCGACCUCCGGCGCUGGCGCUCGGGGAACUACCGCCACCGUGUCGAGCAGUGGAUGGAGUUGCAGAAGGAGAAGCGAAUCUACGAGCUGGGCUCCUUGCCCCCUUUCUUGCUCCUCUUCGCCGGCGAGGUGGAGGCUGUCGACCAUCGGUGGAACCAGCACGGCUUGGGCGGCGACAACAUUCUUGGUAGCUGCCGCCCGCUCCACAAGGGCCCUGUUAGCCUGAUGCACUGGUCAGGCAAGGGCAAGCCAUGGGAUCGCCUCGACUCCGGCAGGCCUUGCCCGCUCGACCAUACAUGGAAAUCAUACGACCUCUACAUUGGCGACGGUGAUGUGUCGCAAGCUUCGGCGCCGUCCUGGGCCUCAUUGUCAUCAUCGGCGUUGCCGGCGUCGGUGUUUUCUUGGUAGACAGAUAUGGGACACACGAUAUAAUUUUUUCAUUUGGUUGUGGUAAUGCAAUUGCCUUGCGAUGCAUAUCCAUUGCCAUCACAGCUGCCGUCGCAAGCCGGCUGCCGCCUUCGGCUGUACAGCGAGAGGAGGAGGGGCGGUACAUUGCGACGGCUGCGACGGGAAGAGGAAGAACAGUGCAUAGGGGAAGCAAAAUUCUUGUUCAUUCACGAUACAAUUCGGAUUGAUUCAUUAUGCUGUGAUUCGGAGGUGGUGACUAGGGGGUGUUGGAAUUACUUUAUUGGUGGUGUACAAUUCUUGGAUAGAAGAAAGGUUUCACUUUUUUUGUCUGUUAGUUCAGGAUUGUUUCAUUUACAUUUACAUGUUUGUUCAGUAAACCAGUAUAAAUAUUGAUUGAAUUGGUUUCAAUAAAACAGGGUGGAUCUUCUUAUUCUUGCUUCA